AUGCAAAUUCUCCAGCUCGCCGGCGGAGGGCGGGAUCGGGAGCAAAUUUCGAGCGCUCGGCCAUUUUCCGGGGCCGGAGCGGGAUGCGCUAUCCGGAAUGAACCUACCUGUCUGAACAUCGGCAUAGGCGCAGCAAUUGGUCGCUGUAGGCUCAUCGAUGUGGACGACAAAUUGGCAACGCUGAAAACAUGCACAAGGAGAUUGCCUGUUGCAGUGAGGUGGGGCGCUGUAUGGAAGCCGUCUAGACGCUUGACAAAGUGCCACUCAGCACAGCAAGUGAAUACGGUAUUUCUGAUCAGUAUCAAAGCCUAG